GUCAACAGCACUCUGGGACCGCUGGAGGCUCCCCUGACCCUGCAGCCGCACCAUCCCAGGCUUGCAAAGUGACAUUCCUCCUUUCUCUUUCUCUCUCUUGACUCCUUCUGAGAUGAGGGCCGUAGGUGCAGGGGGAGCUACCCGGAUCUUGGUCGCCUUGGUAGCGGCGGCUCUUUACAGCCACCCUCUGCUUAGGGUAAGCGCCACCUUGAACUCCGUGCUCCUCAAUUCCAACGCCAUCAAGAACAUGCCCCCACCGCUGGGCGGCGCCGCAGUCAGCCCCGCGCCCGGAAUUCUGUACGAGGGCGGGAACAAGUACCAGACUAUUGACAACCACCAGCCGUAUCCGUGCGCAGAGGACGAGGAGUGCGGCACGGAUGAAUACUGCUCCAGCCCCACCCGCGGAGCGGGCUCCGGCGCGCAAAUCUGCUUAGCCUGCAGGAAGCGCCGAAAACGGUGCAUGCGUCACUCCAUGUGCUGCCCGGGGAAUUACUGCAAAAACGGAAUUUGUAUGCCUUCUGAUCACAAUCUUUUCCAUCGAGGGGAAAUCGAGGAGACCAUUAUUGAAAGCUUUGGUAAUGAUCACAGCACCUUGGAUGGGUACUCCAGAAGAACCACACUGUCUUCAAAAAUGUAUCAUACCAAAGGACAAGAAGGUUCUGUCUGUCUCCGAUCAUCAGACUGCGCCACAGGUUUGUGUUGUGCCAGACACUUCUGGUCCAAGAUCUGUAAACCUGUCCUCAAAGAAGCUCAAGUGUGCACCAAGCACAGGAGAAAAGGCUCCCAUGGGCUUGAGAUAUUCCAGCGUUGUUACUGCGGAGAAGGUCUGUCUUGCCGGAUCCAGAGAGAUCACCAUCAAGCCAGCAAUUCUUCUAGGCUCCACACCUGUCAGAGACACUAAAGCAGCUGUCUGAACGCAGUGGACUCCUAUUAUAUAAUAGAUGCUAUGAAAACCAUUUAUGACUUUUGUCAGCCUCAAUCCUAAGGAUGUACAAAUUCUGUGAUUACAGUUAAACAUUCCAAUAAUACCUUCCUAAAAUCUGGAGUGUAAGAGCUUUGUUUCUUUAUGGAACACCCCUGUGAUUGCAGUAAAUUACUGUGUUGUAAAUUCUCAGUGUGGCACUUAACCUGUAAAUGCAUCAAAACUUUUAAUUAUUUUUCUAAAGGUGCUGCAUUGUCAGUUGUUCCUCUUGUAAUGUAAAUUUUUGUACACGUUGAUUGUUAUCUUGACUCUGAUAUUCUAUAUUGAAUCAAAAUAAAUAAUCUCAGCUUAUACUUCCUAAAUACAUAGCUCUCUCCCCUUUUAAUUCUAGAGUCUAGAAUGCAAGGAGCUGUUGUGAUGACAAAUGAUAGAUACCUAAGAUUUAUCAUGAAAACACUAGCUUAUUUUCCAAAAAUAUUCUAUACCGUGCUUAGGUCACAUUUAU